AUGAAUGCGGUGUUUUUUGUGUUUUUCAAACUGCAGCCUUUUUAAGAUUUUGAUAUUGUAGAUAAUGGCUGGAAUAAUCUUCGAUGACAUGUUCAAGGUGAAAAAAGUAGACCCCGAUGGAAAGAAGUUCGACAGAGUUUCUCGUUACUUCUGUGAUGCGGAAUCGUUCAAGUUUGUUUUAUUUUAUUAAGAAGAAAUGCAGUUUUAAAGCGAAUUUUAUCCAGUCAAAAUCAUUCUGCCUAUGGAACAAGCGAUACUGUCAGAAUAGCGGCAAGAAAUGCCGAAACGGUGGAAAAUUAUGAAAGUUCCAAAAAAGCAGACUUGUCGAAAAUCUACCCGAUGGAGAAUUUGCUGGCCGGAUUUAAAUAUUUCUUUUGAAAAAUUUUUUGGAAAGAGUGAUCGAUUUUCCAGAUUUUUCACUCGGAAAUUUGUUUUAAUUGAAAUUAGCUAGUAUACACCGGAAAACAUAUUUUGAGGACUCAAAAUUACGACAGGCAUGACUGUGGAAAAAAAUUUAGCUCAAAAAUCAUGUUUUGAAAUUUCACUGGUAAACCCCGGGCCAGGGCUCUAUCGGCCCGGUCCGCGACAGCAUUGCAAAAAAAGCUUUUUAUUCGUCCGCCUUUCCGAAAUCUGAAAAACGCAAACCGAGGUCUUGAAAAAUAAGUGGCUACCAAUCUGCGAGCUGAAAAUUAAAGGCGCGUGCACGAAAAUCUUUUCCGGCGUUUUGUCUUUCCUUUCGAUGGUUUGACACGGUCUCAAAACGACUGUCUUGUGUCAUUUGCAAUUUUCUUCGCUUUCAGAAUGGAACUCAUAAUCGAUAUCAAUUCACAAAUUUAUCCGCUGAAGCAGAAUGACAAGUUUCGCCUUGUUCUCGCCACGACUCUACGUGAAGACGGUCUUGCCGAUGAGGGUGAAUACGACCCAAAGGUUAAAAAAUACUGAUUCAAUGUAAUUCAAUGAAUCAAAACCUUUCAGGCCGACUACCCGCGGAUAAAACAGUACGAGUACGUUAUGUAUGGCAAAGUCUACCGUCUUGAGGAUGACGAUACUGGCACAGAUGGCGGCCAACUUGCCGCAUACGCCUCAUUCGGAGGACUCCUCGUGCGACUCAAAGGAGAUGCGUUGAAUCUGCAUGGCUUCGAAGUCGACAUGAAUAUUUAUUUAUUGAUGAAAAAAACUGAUUUCUAAAAUAAGUAACGUUGCCUAUUUACAUACGCAUUCCUUUUAUCUGUUGGUUCCGUUUCCAUGUUGAAAAAUAAAUGUUAUGUUUGAUUGCUGUUCUGUAGUUGGAUAACAAUUACCGCAGUCCGAUAUGUGCUGUUAUAUAUUUCCAUUCAGCUGUCGAUGAAUGAAAUUUAAUUAAAUUCCAAAAGCUAUCAAAUUAUGUUAUAGGGUAAAAUGGCACCCAACAAGGAGCUUCAACAGGGAUACGUUGUUUUUUCUGCCACAGUAAUUUUUCGAUUAGAAUAUGCUAAAGAUCAAUUUUUCUUCUCAGCUCGAUCACGUCUCGUUGCUGAGCAGACUCGUCAAAGCUAUGGAAAGUGGAGAGCUGUCGGACGAACUUCUCGAGCACACUCCUGAGCUCAACGAAGUCAAAAAACUGAAUGAAAAGUUGAAAUACCGGAAAAACAUGCUCGGAAAAAGCGUCGCGGAACAAGAAGCUAAAACUAUAACAUCCAAACCGUCAAGAUCUUCUGGGCCUGCUACGAAGAAAGAAAAGAAGGAUGACAAAACGUGCGUGUAGUCAAAAUGUUUGGGAUAAGAAAAGUUAUAGCAUAGCCAUCAGAUAAAUUCUUUAAUGGAUCAACUUUUCUUUUGUCCAUAAAUAAAAAUAAAUUUUUCGAAGAAACCGUGUGAAAAUUUCUCUCAAUUUCUCUUUUCAGUGGUGGAGCUCCUCCAAAAAUGGACGAGAAGGUGGAUUACGUAACAGUUGAAGAUUACGGGAGCAGCAUUCUUGGUCGCCUUCAAUCCCUUUUUCAUGGCGCUAUUGCCGCAGCGUUUCCAGAUCUCGCUGUGCCUCUUUUGAUCGCCGAAACUACCAAUCCCAAGUUUGGAGACUACCAGUGUAACUCUGCCAUGUCAAUUUCAGCGGUGAGUUUAUUUCCACUGACUCGGAUUGCAACCUGAAAAUUUAGAAAUUACGAAGCAUUGGCAAGAAUGAAAAACCGGGUGACAUUGGAAAGAAAAUUUACGAGAAACUGUCAAAAAAUGUCGAUAUGAUUGAGAAAUGUGAAGUGAUGCCUGCUGGAUUCAUCAAUGUGUUUCUGAAUCAGGAUUUUAUUGGCAAACAAGUCUCCUCGUUCGCCUCGAUAGGAGUUUCUCUUCCAAAAGUUGCUAAAAAACGAGUGCUCGUUGAUUUUUCCUCACCAAACAUUGCAAAAGAAAUGCAUGUUGGCCAUCUCCGUUCGACCAUUAUUGGAGAUUCUAUCUGCCGACUUUUUGAGACUGUUGGCUACGAAGUCGUUAAGCUUUUAUAAACAUAAGGCCAAUGUAAAAGUUCAGGUUCUUCGGGUGAAUCACAUCGGUGAUUGGGGCACGCAAUUCGGAAUGUUGAUUGCUCAUCUUUACGACCGAUUCCCCAAUUUUGUGAAUGAACUUCCCGACAUUGCUGACCUUCAAGAUUUUUACAAAGAAUCGAAGAAGCGUUUCGAUGAGGAGGAAGAAUUUAAAAAAAGGGCGUACGAGUGUGUCGUAAAGCUUCAGAGCCACGAUUACGAAAUCGUGAAAGCAUGGAAUACUAUCUGUGAUGUUUCCAAAAAAUGUGAGUCCAGUUUCUAUGUUGUGGCCUUAACCUUAGAACCUGGUUUCUUCAGACAACCAAAUUGUGUACGAAAACUUAGACAUCAAAAUCACGGACGUUGGCGAGUCGUUCUAUCAAGAUAAGAUGGUUCGAUUAAUUGAGUGGAUUAAACAAGAACGUAUGAUUUGAAAGCAAGCGGUUGUCAAAAUUCUAUAAAUUAAGGGCCCGAUAUGUUGCGAGAAGAAGAUGGUCGACAAAUAAUGUUCCCCUCAGGGUGUGACGUGCCAUUGACUGUCGUCAAAUCGGAUGGUGGCUUUACUUACGAUACUUCCGAUCUCGCCGCUCUGAAGUAUCGCAUGCUUGAGGAAAACGUGGACUGGAACAUUUAUGUCGUUGAUGCAGGUCAGAGCCUUCAUCUUGAAACUAUUUUUGCCGCUGGACGAGACUUCGGUUGGUAUGAUAAAAUGAAGCAAAGGGUGGAACAUGUCGGAUUUGGAUUGGUUCUUGGAGAAGAUAGAAAGAAGUUCAAGACGAGAAGCGGAGAAACUGUAAAGUUGUUAGAUUUGCUCUCAGAGGGGCGAAAACGAGCAGAGCAGAAGUUGAAGGAAAAGGAAAAGGGUCCAGCCAUGAACGAUGCUGAAAUUUCCGCCACAAGAGACGCUUUGGCUUUCGGCUGCGUGAAGUAUGCGGAUCUGUCCCACACUCGUACCCAGGAUUACGUCUUUUCUUUUGACCGAAUGUUAGACGAUCGUGGGAAUACUGCCGUCUAUCUAUUGUAUGCUUUCACUCGAAUCAAAUCAAUCUUCCGAGAGGUUGAGGAAAAGACGGGUGUGUCUUACGAUAAACUCGUUGACUACCUGUCUCAAACCGAGUGUAUCCCGCUUACCCAUCCUGCUGAGCUCAAACUUGGCAAGCAUCUGCUAAAGCUUGCCGACUGCAUUCUGCUCGUGCUGGACUCUCUGAUGCUCCAUCAGUUGUGUGAUUAUGUCUAUCAACUCGCCACACUGUUUCACGACUUCUACACUGCGUGCUAUGUUAUUGAGAAGAAAGACCGAGGUUCGUUCUGGACCCCCCGACUGCUAUUUAAUAAAAUGUACGUUAUUCCAGAAACUACCGUACACCUUCAUCGGCUCGCUCUCAUACAAGCAUCCUCGAGUGUUAUGUCGAAAUGCUUCGAAAUUCUUGGAAUUCGUGAAGUAUCGAAGAUGUAG